GGCGUCGCAUAAUUUGAACUCCCGAUCACCAUUCACAAAGGCUUCGUAUGAGCAAGCCUCUUAUGACAAUUAAAACAUACAUGGCAACCCUGCGAAUUACAUCCUGAUCUUCCCUUCCAUCAACACCAUCCAGAGAAGGUUAAUUGUAUUUCGGAGCAGCGAGCCGACAACCGCACGACUUUCCAACUACCACCUACUUCCUGGGUACUUCCGCCCACCUCCGCCGCUGCCAUUUGAGGUACGACCCCAUCGUCAACUAAGGAUCCUGAGCUUCUGCUGCACAUACUCGACUCCUCGAUUUCUCGAAUCCUCCGCCCUCGUACCCUCGGCACAAAUAAAUCUAACUAAUAGCUUCGCUGUGGACCCAUCACCACCCACCCCGUCGCAAAGAUGUCCAAGGUUAUAAGAAGCGUGAAGAAUGUCACGAAGGGCUACUCCAGCGUGCAGGUCAAGGUUCGGAAUGGUAUGGACUUGCUCUAAUACGCGUUAGUGCUUUACUGACUGCAAAAGCAACUAGCAACGAUCCUUGGGGCCCAACAGGGACAGAUAUGGGGGAAAUCGCUCAGAUGACAUUCAACUCGUAUGCGCCAACUGAUAUAUGGAAUGAAUCUCUCUAAUCAAGGCGUAAUAGGUCGAACGAGUUUUAUGAGAUUAUGGACAUGCUCGACAAGCGCUUGAACGACAAGGGCAAGAACUGGCGACACGUACUGAAAGCUCUCAAAGUCUUGGAUUACUGUCUUCACGAAGGCUCAGAAUUAGUCGUCACCUGGGCACAUAAGAACAUAUACAUAAUCAAGACUUUGAGAGAGUUCCAGUACAUUGAUGAAGACGGUCGAGAUGUUGGACAAAACGGUGAGUUCAUUGUUAGUGCGCUAAAGUCCUAACUAAUGAAUUGUAGUUCGUGUUUCGGCCAAGGAGUUGACCUCGUUAAUAUUGGACGAAGAGCGGUUGCGAGCUGAGCGAAGCGACCGGAAAAAUUGGAAAUCUAGAGUUAGCGGUCUUGAUGAAGGAGUAGCCCCUUACGAACAAAAUCACAACCAGCGUCGAGUACGGCCACAUCGUGCUCAGCGAGCCGAUGAGGAGGAUGCAGAAUAUAGACUGGCAAUCGAAGCGAGCAAGUAUCAGGAAGAAGAGGACCGCAAGAAGCGCCAAAGCAGAAACGGGGAACCAGAUGACGAUGACCUCGCCAAAGCAAUAAAGCUGAGUAAAGAGGAAGAGGAAUUGAGGAGAAGGGAACUGGAAGAACAAAAUGCUGCUUCUCUAUUUGAUGAUGACCUCAUUCAGGUUGCUCAACCUACUGGAUUCAACCAAGGCUAUCAACAACAGGGUCAAGUUGAUUGGUCUGGUAACCCAAUUGACCCGAAUAUGCAGCAGCAACCCACUGGCUUUAGCAACAUAUAUACCGGCAUGCAAAGCCAACCGACUGGUUAUCAGAAUGGAUUUCAGAACGGAUUCCAACCCCAGCCAACUGGCUUUGAUCCUUAUGGAGCUCAACAAUUACAGCCACAACACACGAGUUUCAACCCAUACCAAAACUCGAAUGCAUUUCAACAACAAGCUCCAGAGCCAAUACUUCCCGUCAACACCAACAAUCCUUGGGCAACGAACCAGCAACACACACAACUCUUGAUGCCUACUCCAACCGGAUCUAACAAUCCAUUUGCGCCAGCAUUCAGUCGCCCUCAAGCCACUACCCCGGUCAAGCCAACCUUAUCAACAUUACAAGAGCAAAAGACUGCGUCCUUUAACCCAAUCACGUCAUAUAAACCACCGCAAAAGGAAAUGGACCCACACCAAGCCAAGCUCAAUGCACUUCUUGCAAGCGGCGAGGGAAUGGAUACCUUUGGAAAUACUGGAGAACUUCGUAUACCAGCCCAGCAUACCGCACCGGGAACAUUUGUCAAUAGUGCAGGAGCAGGGCUCAAUGCCAUGACAGCACAACAGACCGGGACUAACCCAUUCUUGCAAAGUCAGUACACGGGUAUGCCGCAGACGCAGUAUGGAGGUAACUCGAGCGGAUUUGGUGCGGCAGGCCGUCAAAUGCCAGCUGCAACUGGACCUGCUGGGAUGUCACAUGGCUUUGGCGGUGGGUUUGGUGGUCAGCAACAGAGUAAUCCCUUUGGCGCGAGACCGCAACAGAACCAAAACAGUCAAGCUGGUGAUCUGAUACAAUUUUAG